AACACUGCUGCGGGCAAAUUCCAAAUUAAAAAAAAAUGAACGGUUAUUUACUAGGGAAAAAAAUACUAAUUACUAUCAACUGCUUUUACAAAACAGUACGCCGUUUAUCUGCAAAAAAAAAAUAUUUGUUUUUACCACUCUCAAGAGUGAUACGUCUUUCGAACACUAGUAUGAGACAUAUUCCAAAAGACUCGAGUAAAUGAAAACACUCAAAAUAGGCAUACAUUGUACAUAAACAGUGUAACUAUCAAUCAGAAUACUGCAUUUCCGUCCAAUUUUCACAUGCUAUCGUCAGUACACAUUUGUCAACCAGUACAAAAUACGCUAUCCCCAUUACAGUAGGGUAAACAGUAGUCUGUGUUUGUUCACUGGAGAUAACUCCUGAGGCUAUACAAAUUUUGUAUCAUUAUGUCCCUUUUAUUCUCAAAACAUAGAUAACCAGAGCCAAGACUGAUGAAGUCAGAAUAUUAUAUAAAAGAUUUUUUUUUUCUAAAAAAAAAGAUUAUCUAGUUGGUAGCCAGACUAGGUAAACAGUUAUAAGGGUAUAUCUUUAACAAUUUAAAAGUUACACAGCCAGUUUAAUCAAUAAAAAUAGUUUGGCCACUGCUCGUAAAGUCGUACGAUUAAGAACUUUUAUUUCUUCAAAAUAUUUCAUAUAAAUAACAAUAUUUUUCGAAAUUCUGUGAACUUCGAGGUGAUCGUCUCAGAUGAAAGAGAACGUUUUUCAUAGCUGGGCAGAUUAAGUAAUUUAUUCGGGAAAAUACUGCAUUUUGAGAUGCAAGCACAAAAUUUGGCAUGUGUACUUGUCUGAGCCUCCUCCUUUCAAAAAGCCCGUUAGGCACAUGAAAAUUAAAUAUGGCGGCCAUUUUUCAAGAUGGCCGCCACAGGAAGUUGAUUUUUUACUUGAAUAGACCUAAACAGAGUUCUUUUUUUUUGUCAAUUUUGAGGAAAAGAUAUCUUUUAAGAUGUUUUCAGUGUGCAAAACCUAUUUUUGAGACACAAAAGACUGGUUUCAAAUCCAAUAUUGCGUCUUUUUUUCAAGAUGACCGCCGUUUUAUGUGAAAGAACUAAUUUUCCAUUAAUAUUGACGUUUUAAGUUGAAUCAAUUUUAAUGUUAUAGUCGAACGGCAUAUUUAGGGUGUUGAAGGGCAGUUUUUGUCUCGCCUGCGACUUCAGGAAUUGACGGCGGACUAAGACGUAGCUUUUCCGGCGGGACGGUGAUGACGACUGUGGCGUUGGCGUCAACGUUAAGUUUGUAUGUCAAGUCCUUAUCUCAGAAACUACUCUGUUUAUUGAGUUGAAACCUCGCACAUGCCUUUGUGGUCAUUAGGCGAUGUACCAGACCAAGUUCCAUAACUCUGACAAAGAUUUUAACAAAAGUAUCUCCCUUUUUAACUUAGAAUUUUCAACGUCAGGUCGUCGUAUUAAGUAUUUUUCUCAGAAACUAUUAGGUUUAUUGGGUUGAAACAUCACACACGCCUUCAUGGUCAUUAGGCACUGUACAAAGCCAAGUUCCAUAACUCUGACAUGAAUGUUAACAAUUUAUCCCCCCUUCAAAAUUAGAAAUUGUAACAUUAAGUUUUUGUGUCUCUACAUGGAAUGUUAUUCAAUUAUGUCCCUUUAUGGCUGUCACUGCUUGAUUAGAACUUGUGGUCCAGCUUUAUAUUACGCAGACAUUUUUAAAAUUAAAGUGUAUAUAGCAAUCCACGUAGACACAUCAAUUUUAUAAACAGAAGACCUGCUUUGUGUCAUAGGUAAAACAAUGCAGAUAUACUGUACUUGUUUCCUCUGAAAGGCAUGUCUCAAGACUUUAUAUUUUGGCCAAAUAGUUGUCACUUUCAGAGGAAAGUUUCAAACAAGUACAGUAUGUCUGCAUUGUUUCACCUAUGACGUCAAUAGACGUCACAUGGAGACAGGAUAUAUUCCAUAUCCUGCUAGUAUUUGAUAUAUUUCAGAUAUGAAGUUUGAUUAAAACAAAAUGGCUGCUACACUGCUGGAGUAAUUGAAUCAAGUCAGAUUAUUUAUUAGCUCCAGCGAACGUAUCGUUUCCGAGAGUAAAUUUAGUGUUUUCUUGCCGAUUUCAUUCUAUUUAAGUUGAAGCUCAUGAAGUUUGACAAAAGUUAGCCGUAAAAGCGGAAUAACUCUGAAUGGGAUACACGGACGUUGGAAUCUUGUUUUAAGUUAAAUCAUCGUAAAAUAAAGGAAUUGACAUAUUUGUUACUCAGCAGUUUGUUGUAUGAUCAUUUAAUCUACGUGCAAGAUAAACGAGAUAAAUGAUUUAACAGGAAACGGGAUGAAAGCCGAAGUAUCAACACAUUUGUGACAUCGUGAAAUCUGGUGACUUUCGAAGGGAUGGAACAAGAAGUUUUUUAGUGUUUCUGAUCUAAGCCAGUUCAUAACCUGUGUAAAUGAGCUUUUGUGUUUUGUGAUUUAACCAAAACACAAGUCAUUGUGCAUUUUAUGGCUGGUGUAAAUCAAAACAUGAUGACCAAACAAAUGAUUGUAGGAUUCCAGUCUGCACUGGGUUUCCGGCAGCCAUUUUCAGUCAUAAACCUAGAAGAGGUCCUAAGAAGUUUUCAAUCUGCUACAGAAAGUCUCCUGUUGUCACAACCUUAUUUAAAAAUGUCAACUGACAGAGAAAAUCUCGAAAACCAGAGCGACUCUAUGGAACAAAAUGACCCUGCAAAGGCUCUUAUCGAAGAGCGAAUCAGGAAGAAAGAGAAGGAACUGCAACAAGUAACUUCACGCAUCGAACUGUUGAAGAAAGAAAGGGAAUUGGAUUUAAAGAUAAGACAGGCAAACAACUUAGAACGCCUUUAUAUAAAUAAUGGUACGGAUUCUGAGAUUGCGAAUGAAAUGGCAUCAUCACAUGAAAGAGGCAAACAGGCAAACCUGUUGACAACGGAGAAUCUUGUCAAUACUUUGUGUGGUAUAAAACUUGAUGAAAACGAAGAAAAACUUUACAGAUUUGCUAUGCGUACUAUUGCAGAAGAAAAUAUGAAAGGCGGACUAUAUAAUGUGGUGGUAACAAUUUAUUUUUCUCGAAUUAGAAAGUACAGUGUUAAAAAAGGGGCUCAAGACCAAAGAAUGAUAAUAUUUUUUGACGAGGACAACAAGCCUGUCUAUAGAUGGGAAAUCAAAAAUAGCCUUUUGAAGAAGUAAAUGUGCUGUCGAAUCAAUACGGAUUUUAGAAUUGUGACACGCAAUAACUUCAGUUACCAGUUAUACAAGCAACCUGAUGACAAUUUGGUAUACAUGAUGAUAGCAUACGGAUCUAUAGUAUCAACUUUCAACAACAAGCCAUGCAAUGUAAGAGCCUUAACUUUGGUCUCGAAAUGGGAUGUCAUUACUGAGGAUAUAUAGCAAUUACAUUGGCAGUGUUAACCUUCAUUCACAGGACACCGUUUUUGUUUCAAGAGAAUGUCGCUUGUGAAAGACAAAUCCUUCGGCUUAUUGUUAAAUGUACUAACUUUCCGAAUGUCUCUAAACACUAAACAAAAUGACAUCAAAGGUACAUCCUGAAUACAUGUAUGACUAGCUUACGUAAAUCAGCCUAUGGAUUAAGUCAUCAUAAGGAGUGUAUAUUUAGCUUUCAUGUGUACAAAAGAAUGAUUCACAUUUUACCUUUCUCUAAGUUUAUUUUAAAUUAGUGAAAUGUAGAGACAAGUCUGAAAAAUACAACAUUUGAAUAGGUGUUGAUCACUGGCAAACUGCAUUUUCAGACUGGUCUUCAGGCUGUUUUUGUACUGCACUGCAAUUUCUAUUCUAUUAUAGCAAUACAUACUUUUAUGAUUCA